AUGGGUGACGACAGCCAGACGCAUGCCUCUCGAUUUGACCUGGGCGAUUUUGCCAUUGAUGAGUAUAGGCAGAUUAAGGUCGUCUGCGUCGGCGCGGGUUUCAGUGGGAUCCUAGCUGCAAUCAGGUUUCCGCAGAAGGUGCCGAACGUCGAUCUCACAAUAUACGAGCGAAACAAUGGGAUAGGCGGGACAUGGUUUACGAAUCGAUUCCCAGGGCUGGCGUGCGACAUUCUAUCUCACUGCUAUCAAUUAACCUUUGAGUCGAAGACGGAUUGGUCAAGUUUUUACGCCCCAGGCCCCGAAAUCUUGGCAUACCUCCAAUCAGUGGUCGAGAAGUAUAAAUUGAUGCCGUACAUCAAGCUCCAGCAUGAAGUCUUGCACGCUCGUUUCGAUGAGCCUUCGGGGAAAUGGAACCUGCGUAUCCGCCGGAAGAUGGGAACUGAUUCUCAAGGUCAGGCGAUAUACGAAGAGUUCACCGACAAAGCGGACGUGUUCAUCACCGCGCUCGGGAUCUUCAGCAAAUGGUCUUGGCCGGACGUUGAGGGUCUGAAAGACUUCGGAGGGAAGUUGAUGCAUAGUGCGGACUUCGGCGAGGAGAACCAACACUGGCGGGACGUCGUCAAGGAUUGGAAGGACAAGAGAGUUGGUGUCAUUGGCAUAGGAUCCACAGCGAUACAAAUCGUGCCGGCCUUGCAGCCACAUGUGGCGAAGGUGAUCAACUAUGUCAAAGGAAAGGCUUGGAUAUGUCCUCCCUUUGCCAGCUCCAAGCUUGCGGAGCUCGUGCAACGUGAUGCCAAUGCGGAGAAUUACGUCUUCACCGGCGAGGACAAGGAGAAGCUCAGGGAUCCCGCCUUCUACAAGACCUUCCGCCACGAGCUCCAAGCUGAUGUCAACUCGCUCGACAAAGCCAUCCUUGCUGGGACGGAGUGGCAGGAGCAGCGCAGGGCAGAGGUGGAGGCGCAUAUGCGGAAGAAGCUGGCGAAGAAACCGUGGAUAGCAGACCAGGUCAUACCUGACUAUGGCGUAGCGUGUAGACGUCUGACUCCGGGGCCUGGAUACCUAGAAGCACUGUGCGCGGAUAACGUGGACUUCGUGUCGUCGCCCAUCAAACGAGUGACCGAGGACGGCAUCGAGACCUUUGACGGGAACAAGCAGGGCCUCGAUGUUCUCAUUUGUGCGACUGGCUAUGACUACGCCUUCCAGCUGGGCUUCCCUAUAAUCGGUCGCUCCGGUGUCUCCAUCCAAGAGAAAUGGCAGCCUGAUCCGACGACCUACAUGGCUAUUUGUGUGGAUGGCUUCCCUAACUGGUUUAUGACCAUGGGCCCCAACUCCUGCGUUAGCUCCGGAUCGCAACUCACCGUCAUCGAGCGUCAGAUUGAUUACAUGGUGGAGGUGACCAGGAAGCUCCAACGCGAGCGGCUGAAGAGCAUCGACGUGAAGCGAGAGGCUGUCAAGGCGUUCGAUGACUACAUUGAGAGCUACUUCCCAAAGACCGUGUUCACGCAGGGCUGUAGGUCUUGGUACAAGCGGGGUAAAGAUGAAGGCCGCAUCGUUGCUCUCUGGCCGGGUUCAACACUCCACACCAUCCGGGCGUUGCAGUAUCCGCGUUGGGAGGACUUCAACUACGAGCGCGUUGAUGAUGUGGACAAUUGUCUUUACUGGUUUGGCAAUGGACAAACGUACACUGAGAAGACAAUGACAGGUGACAGAGCAUGGUACCUCACGGACGAUCAUGUAGACUUCCCUCCUGUACCGUUGUGACGGAGAGCAAACUGCGCUUAUGUCGUGACCGUAGCCUCGGCGGUGGUCAAAUGAUACAAUUCCGGUCCUUCUCUACGUCCGAAGCCAAGCUCAUUAUGGGCGUGUGGUGAUGCAUCGUGUGUUUCCGAAUCAAUCGUGAUUGUCUUGUUGCUAUCAUAUCACGAACGCCC